AUGACACGAUACGCUUCAAUCUUCAUUUUCCUACAUGUGCUCUUCCAGCUUAGCCUUGCUCAAUCCAAUUGCACUCGACUCUUUCAUUCAGCCGUUGUCAACAACCAAACACUAUUCAUUGAUGGCGGGGAAAUGCACACCCUCUUGCCAAAUGGCACCAUAAUCACCUUUGCAAUCACCGAUCUUGAGACAAUCGACCUGUCAAAGUCGUGGCAGAAUUCCGACCCCGGUCUCUUCAACUACAUCGCAAAGCCGUGGAACGCAUCCGACCCGGCUGAUUAUCCCCCGUACCUGAACGAAGGCGCUUCUUUCUCUAAUGGCGAAAGCCUCUUUUUCUACGGAGGCUAUUCCAGCGGGUGGGGAGGGCCUCCAAUCCCUCCUCUCGCGACAUGGAAGUACGACAUCGCAAAUAACAACUGGACUAGAGAUGGCUUCUGGGGCGUUCCCCUCGUGAGACUCACUCAGGGAGGCGCGGUCCAGUCGUCCGUCGAUAAAAAGGCCUACUAUCUAAGCGGCACUUUGAACCCUGCUGGAAACCCGGUCUUCUAUGGCACCCCCGGGGCUGAUACGUACAUGACUCCGGGACUGAUCACCCUAGAUAUGAACACCCUUGAGUGGACCAACGCAUCCACUACCGAUAUGGACACUUUUGGUACCAUUGGCGAUGGCUACAUGAGUCUUAUCAAAUCCGUGGGUGACCAGGGCCUUAUCGUGGCAUUCGGAGGAUAUACGUAUCCAGUCGGGGAGAAGAUUUCCUUUUUGGCUGCGAGACAGAAUGAAACUACUCAUCGGAAUUCAAUGGAGUUUGUUCGUGUCUAUGAUAUUGCGAACAGGAAAUGGUACACGCAACAAACAACGGGCGACAUUCCCCGCUGGCGAAUGGCCGGCUGCACCGUGGUAGUUGCAUCAGACGAUCUGUCAUCCUAUUCAAUCUAUGUUUUCGGAGGUAUGGGACAAACGACCGCGGAAUCCGACGGGGACGUCUACGUCCUCUCCCUACCCUCUUUCCAAUGGAUCCGAGUCUACCGAGACAACACUAUCCGGUACAAGCACAAAUGCCAGCUGGUGCAAAAGCAUACCAUGCUGGUUAUUGGCGGAAUUAUUCCCAUCGACGGGAUGGAGUACUAUCCCCAGUCACGAAACUGCGACACUGCGACCUUCGCCAACGGCAUAGGCAUAUUCGACCUGCAAACUCUGUCCUGGAGAACAAACUAUAAUGCAACUGACGUUGUUGGAUAUGCGGUUCCAUCCCAGAUUUCAGACGUGAUUGGCGGCGGUCCAACCGGCGACGCAACCCUUACCGAACCGAAAAACGGCUUCAACAGCACACAGCUCGCUAGCCUAUUCACAAAGCGCAGUGUACGGGCCACUUCUACUGCGGUCUCCCCCAGCACUUCAGCAACUUCCACGUCAACGGCAACGUCAACGCGACCCCGCGCAGCAGCACCCUUAUUAUCAGGCGGCACCAUAGCUGGAGUAAUUAUUGGCUCUGUUGCUGGUGCAGCCGCCAUUGGCGCACUAGCCUUCUAUCUGCUUGUCCUUCGACGACGCCAUAAAGCCAAGCUCAUGAAGCAGAGUAUUCCCUCGUGGGCGGAUCUCCCGGCAGGGAAACCUAAGAAGCCUCCUCAAGUUGACCCGACAGAGUUGCAGGGGGAGCACCAUCCCGCGGCAUUUGAGUUAAUGGGCGAUGGGGAGUUUCCAAGGGCUGAGUUGCCGGCUGAGGCAAAUUGUUUAUGA